AUCCAGUCUCGAACCCGACAACCUCGAGCGAGCAUUCGCGAUUUUGAGCGUGGAACGCGGUAACGACAACGACGGAUCGGCAACACGCGCGCGCGCAAUUUGUUAUUACACAAAGCUCCAUUUUUCUCACGGUCGGUGAGCUGCCCGGUAACGUCGGGGAUCGUUACCUCCGGACUAACGCGUAAUCGAGGAAGCAAGGAUCAUCUUUUUCCGUAGCGAAUGUCGGGCGAAUCUAUGGAUAAAUUCAAAGUGGAAUGCGUAAAGAUACACGUGCAACCGACGCAGAAUUCUCAUCACAAUGCGCAAACAAAUGACAAACAAGUGCCUAUAAAUUAUCCUGAGUUAGUUCAGCAGUCGCGAGACGCGUUUAACAGUGGAAAGACAAGGCCGCUAGAAUGGAGGAUCAAGCAAAUAAAACAGCUUAUGCGUAUGCUGACGGAAAACUCGUCAGAAAUAGUAGCAGCCCUGGCGUCAGAUCUGCACAGGUGCAAGUUUGAAACGUUCGCAUUGGAAAUUGAUUAUACAAUUCAAGAGAUUAAAUACAUGCUCAUGAAUAUUAAAGAAUGGUCGGCAACAGAGAAGCCGCCCAAGUCACUGGCGAACUUUUUCGAUGGAGUGGAAAUCCGAAAAGAUCCUUAUGGAGUUGUAUUAGUUAUGGGUGCGUGGAAUUAUCCUGUUCAACUGAAUUUACUACCUAUGAUGGGCGCGAUCGCAGCUGGAAACUGCGUGAUUGUGAAACCUUCCGAGAUUGCAACGGCUACAGCGAAAUAUUUGUACGAGACCAUUCCGAAAUAUUUAGAUACGGAUUGUUGCCGUGUAAUAAUGGGAGGAGUAUCAGAAACGACAGAGCUACUCAAGCAACGUUUUGAUUAUAUUUUUUAUACUGGAUCCUCUACAAUUGGAAAAAUUGUACGGAAAGCUGCUAAUGAGUUUCUCACACCCGUUACAUUAGAGUUGGGUGGAAAGAGCCCCGUGUACAUAGAUAACACAGUGGAUAUGGCAAUGGCAGCGAAACGCAUUUUGUGGGGUAAAUGCGUCAACGUUGGUCAAACGUGUAUCGCGCCCGAUUAUAUGUUAUGCACACCCGAGGUACAGAGCAAAUUUAUCGAGGAAGCUAAAAAGAUUUUACAGGAAUGGUACGGUGACAAUCCACGGGAAAAUCCUGACUUGGCACGCAUUAUUACAGACAAACAUUAUCAGCGACUUGUCAAUUAUAUAAACGAUAAAACCAAGAUUGCUAUCGGUGGCGACGUAAAUCCUGCGGAAAAGUUUAUUUCGCCUACAAUACUUACUGAUGUCAAAUCAACGGAUUCCAUCAUGCAGGAAGAGAUAUUUGGGCCGAUAUUACCUAUAAUAAACGUUAAUAAUGCUUACGAAGCAAUUAACUUCAUCAACAGUCGUGAAAGCCCACUUGUACUGUACGUAUUUUCUACGAGCAAGAGAGUACAAGAUCUAAUUAUAGACCAAGUCAGCAGCGGAGCCGUGUGCGUCAACGACACGUUAUUGCAAUAUACCGUUGAGACUUUACCCUUUGGAGGAGUAGGAUAUUCUGGUAUGGGAGCCUACCAUGGAAAAUUCACGUUCGAUACAUUCACACAUAAGAAAGGUUGUUUGAUUCGGAAUUACAAUAAAGUUGCGGAAAUUUUGGCCAAAUCCCGUUUUCCACCCUAUUCCGACGAAAAUUUGAAGAUACUUAGACGUUUACUCGAAAGAAGACCUAGUUUGCCUAUUAUAAAGUAUUUACCAUAUAUACUUAUGUUCGGUCUCGGGGUACUCGCCACAGUUGGAUUUAAAGCUGCAAUGAAGGAAUUUAAUUACUCGGAGAAGCAGUUGUAACGCAGCCGACCACGCAGCACCUUCAAAUGCAUCUAUAAAUGCAUUUUGUCAAUUUACACAACACAAUUAAUUGCUACAUUCUUUACUCACCUUUUAUAACUCAAUGGAAAUUGUAAAAAUUUUUGUACAAUGUUUUUGGUUUUAUAUAUUGUUUAUACCCUAUUAAAUAAGUAGAUGUUUUACCGCA